GGUGUUUGGGUGUAGUAACGGAAAGAUGGCAGCUGACACAGGCAGAUACAGGAGCGCUGUCUCCAAAAGCAAAGACCCUUCCGGUUUACUUAUAUCUGUAAUAAGGACAUUGUCCAGCAGUGAGGAUGUGAAGGACCGAGAGACGGAGAAGGGCCGUCUGGAGGAGGCCUAUGAGAAGUGUGAUCAUGAUCUGGAUGAGUUGAUAGUUCAGCACUACACAGAGCUCACCACAGCCAUCCGAACCUACCAGAGCAUCACAGAGAGAAUUACCAGCUCUCGCAACACGAUCAAACAGGUCAAGGAGAACCUGUUAUCCUGUAAGAUGCUCCUCCACUGUAAGCGAGAUGAACUGAGGAAGCUGUGGAUCGAAGGUGUCGAGCAUAAGCAUGUCCUCAGCUUGCUGGAUGAGAUUGAGAACAUCAAACAGGUCCCUCAGAAGUUGGAGGCAUCCAUGGCCAGCAAGCACUACCUGCACGCUACAGAUAUGCUGGUCUCAGCAGUGGAUUCUCUUGAAGGACCCCUGCUACAGGUGGAAGGUCUCGGCGACUUGCGACUGGAGCUCCACAGCAAGAAACUCAACAUCCACCUGGUGCUAAUCGAUGAGCUCCAUCGACAUCUCUACAUCAAGUCUACCAGCCGUGUGGGUCACCGAGGAAAAGACAAGGACAAGGGCCGGUCUGCUUCGAAGGAUACGUCUGUUUUGGAUGUCGGUUUGUCAACUCCACGCAAGCUCACAGAACCCUCACAGUUCAGCACCCCUGGAACAUCCAGCAUUCGUGAGCUGCACGAGGUGAAAGAAGACUUGGACGUAGACCCGGAGGAGAACAGCGCAGAGUUCAUGGGGAUCCUGAUCAAAGCUCUGGCUAAACUCAAGAAGAUCCCGGAAACCAUUAAAGCCAUCAUGGAGCGACUGGAGCCUGAGCUCAAGCAGAUCCUCAAGAGAUCCACCACUCAGAUCGCUGACCAUGCCUACCAGAGGGGAGAGAACCUGGCACAGGACAACCAGCCCAGGUUAUUGCUGGAACUGCUUGAGUUGUUGUUUGAUAAGUUGAAUGCUGUGGCCCAGGCUCACAGUGUGGUUCUCAGUCACCUACAGCAGAUUGUCGUCUCUCGCAGCGGAGCCCAAGAAGGGAUCAAACUCUAUGAACAGGCUGAUGUCUAUGCCAAGAUCCAGACCGUCCUACAGGUGCUGCUAAUGGACUACCUGGAUGUCAAAAACGCCCGUAGUGCUGCAGAGCCUUCCGCCCAGCUGUCCUACGCCAGCACCGGCGGAGACUUCGGAGCAUUCUUCGGCAAGAAGAAACCUCUCCGACCUAAACAGUCUUUAUUCAAGUUUGAGUCGUCUUCUCAUGCCAUUAGCAUGAGUGCGUACUUGCGAGAGCAGCGGAGGGAACUCUACAGCAAAAGCGGGGAGCUACAAGGUGGAGCUGAUGAUAACCUGAUUGAGGGAGGAGAGACUAAGUUCCUGUGUAAACCAGGAGCCAGAAACAUUACGGUCAUCUUUCAGCCAUUGCUUAGGUUUAUUCAGGAGAUCGAGUCCCGUAUGGGUCCGGCUCAGGCCAAGCAGUGUCAGCUACGCACCUUCCUCACCUACUACAUCAACGAUUUGUUUCUCAGCCAGGUCCGGACCGAGACCAAUAAAGAGAUUGAGUCUGUGACCAAAGUGUCCGACCCGCUCAAAAUCCUGGCCAGCGCUGACACCAUGAAAAACCUGGGCGUUCAAAGACCUCUUCUACAGAGCACUGUGGUUGUGGAGAAGUCCAUUCAGGAUCUAAUGAGUCUAAUGCAGGACCUCAGUGCGUACUCCAACCAGUUCCUGGAGAUGGUCUGUGACAAGCUCAAGGAGUACAAAGAGAUCUGCAAUUCUGCAUACAGGGGUAUCGUUCAAUGCGAGGAGAAGCUGACCAUUAGCGCGUCCUGGGCUAAAGAUGAAGACAUCAGCCGCCUGCUGCAGUCUCUGCCCAACUGGGCCAGCAUGACCCAACCCAGACAGCUCCGACAGAAGAGGGAAGAGGAAGAGGACUUCACACGGGCUGCAUUUGCCAAGGAGUCGGAGGUUCUGACGGGGAAUCUGGGUGAUAAGCUGAUUCCUCAGAAUGAGAUUCUUAGGGACGUCAGUGAUCUGAAGGCCCUCGCUAACCUGCAGGAGAGCAUGGAGUGGCUUGCCACUCGCCUCAGGGGUUUCUUCAGCAACCUGCCCCAGAGCUCCAGUGUAUCCCCAGGCUCAGAUGCUCAGCUGAACAGCGAGAACGUCCGCAAUCGAGAGCAGAUCCUUCAGACUUUGACUGACCUCUCCAGUUCCUUCCAGGACAUCGCUGACCGCUGCCUUCUGGUGCUUCAUCUGGAGAUCAGGGUCCACUGUUUCCAUUAUCUGAUCCCUCUGGCAAAACAAGGAAACUACGCCAUCGUGGCUAAUGCAGCCAGCAUGGACUACGACCCCCUGGUGGUGAAGCUGAAUAAGGACAUCAGUGCCAUAGAGGAAGUGAUGGGAGCUGCCCUGCAGCAGCACAAGUUUCAGUACAUCUUUGAGGGUCUGGGUCACCUGAUCUCUUGUAUUCUGAUAAACGGAGCUCAGUACUUCAAGCGCAUCAGUGAGUCCGGCAUCAAGAAGAUGUGCAGAAAUAUCUUUGUGCUCCAGCAGAACCUGACGAACAUCACCAUGUCACGCGAGGCUGAUCUGGAUUUUGCCAGGCAGUACUAUGAGAUGCUGUAUAAUACAGCCGACGAGCUGCUAAACCUGGUGGUUGAUCAAGGGGUGCGCUACACAGAGCUGGAGUACAUCAAUGCUUUGAGUCUCCUCCACCGCAGCCAGACAGGCGUGGGAGACCUGACCGUGCAGAACAUGCGGCUGCAGCGCCUCAAGGAGAUCAUAUGCGAACAGGCUGCCAUCAAACAGGCUACCAAGGAUAAGAAGAUCACUACAGUCUAGAUGCGCACAUUUAAACUAUAUCUACUAAUGCUCUGAAAGGGUCCACGUUACUGUCAAAUCGUUACUGUCGCAAGCUUUGAGUCGAGUCACACUUUCAAGCAAACAUUAAAGUGGUUUCCUUUUCUCACUUUCAUUUGUAAGAUAGAUUUCUGACCAGGGCUUUGCACACACAAAUGCACACACAGACAUGUUCUAAUAAAUGAAUCCCUUGUAUCUUUUCUGGUUAAACCAGGCUACACCUUUCAGAGCGAGAGGACGGGUUCUCUUAUUGUGGCUUGGGGACAUUUUCGGCUCAUUUUCUUACUUUAUCAAACCUCUGCUCUCAAUUAUAAAAUCUUCCAGCAUGCCGUCUCUCCCAUGGCCGGCCGCAGCCUGUGCCUGGAAUAACAGAUGCCAGAUUAGAAAGGCA